AUGUUGGUUCUUUGCUGCCUUAUCCUUUCUUUGUACUUGAUUUACGUGUAUCUGACAUCCUUGACCCGGAAAAGGUUGAUUUAUUUGAAUUUUGUACCUAAUCUGAUGGUGAAUAUAUUUUUUUUUGAUUUAGUGUAAUGUCCUCCUCGCCUAUUGACGAGUUUAUGCGAGAGGCUCAAGCUAAGUACGAACAACGAGGAGGGAUCUUGAACACAAUCAAAAGGCAGAACAAAAAGAGUAAGAAAAGAUUUUAUGUUGUUCAUGGUUUAGAUUAUCCACUGGAGUCAAAUGCUAAUGUUAAUCGAGUUGCCCAUAGUCAGACAGAUGGAUCGGACACAGAUGUAAGUUUCAGAGAAACUUACAUUUUUGUUGAAUUUUCGAUCCAAGAAAAAUGUUUGGAGCGCUUCAUAAAAAAGAAAUAAUAUGGAUAUAAUUUCAGUCCGCUAAACUGCAGGAAGAAGGUGAAGGAGUGGUAACAUCGGAGAGUUUUUCCUUCCAAGCCGCAGAAGUUGAUGAGAACGGAAGCUUUAACGAUAGUAUUUCCAUGGUUAACACAUUUGGACGCAAAGUAAGUUAAAUUUUCUUUUUAUUGUUAUUCCUCUUUAGAUAUCUGACAGUGAUUCUGCUUCGGUCCAAGAGAAAAGUUCAUUGACACGUAGGACUUAUGGCGAGGCCUUUGGAGCCGAUGAGGAGGAGGAGAAAAUUAUCUUCACGGAGCGUCAGGAAACGACCGUUAUUCGUCGAGUUUCUAGGACAAGUUCCAAAUCUUCUAGGCAUGAGGUAUGUUGAAAAUAUUUUCAUUGAGUUUUUGAUGAUUUUAGAGUCCAAACAGAUCAGUGUUGUCGAGAGUAUCCGAAAUGGAAGCGGCUUAUAUGUCUCCCAAAGUAAAGGACAUUCCAUUCAAGAAAGUGAGCAAUAUCAGAGCGAAAUUUGAGGUGAGACUGAUUAAUUUUUUUUUUCUGAUGCUUCUUUUGUCUGAAAAAAAGCAACUUUAUCAUAAUUUGGAGCAAUGUUUAUAUUCCACAUGGCAACCAUUAUAUUACACUUGGCAUUAAUUUUAUUUUUCUUGCUGUAAUUGAUAUUUUUAUAGACCGGAGAGACCCCACAAUCGCUCAAGCCGAAUGUCAUCAACUUUGGAACCCCAAAAACAUUAGAAAAAUCGAGUUCUCGGAAGACGUCUGUGGCCGAAAGUGUCAACUCAGAAAUUGCCCAGAACAUACCGCAUAUUGAUCAAGAGCCCAUUCAAGAGUUAGAUCUUGAUGCAAUCGACCAAUUAGAAGAAGAACCAACAGAAACUCCGGCGACUCCACCGCCAGUCCCUCCACAUAGCCAUGUUGAUGAGGCUGAAGGUCCUAAAACAAUAGAAAAUGAUCCAAAGCCAACAGAAAAUGAAGAAAAUUUUGAUGAACCGGAAUGCCAACCGCUCCCGUCACCAAUUGUAACACCUGCCCGCGGUGAGAAGCCGCUGAAAUUCUUUGGAUCGAACGAUAUUCAACAUUCAACACCUGAAGUUUUUUUGGAAACUCCGAAGAAUAACAGAAGGGAUGUGGAUACUCCAAGUCGAUCGGGUAAGGAACUAUAGAGGGUUUGGAGGAUUUUAGAGGUUUUGUGGAUACUUUUGAUUGGAAUUGGGCGAUAGUGAAAGCUUUUGGAUAUUGUAGUAGGCAAAGAUUUUGAAGUUUUGGUGAUUUUGAUGUAUUCGAAGUGGCAAUAGAUGUAAAAUAAGGAUUUGAUGGAAAGUUUAUGGUGCCUGUUGCGAUUUGGUACAAGAGUUUGAGAUAUUCAAUAAUUUUUUCACCAAGCCUUACCUCAUUUUACAAGGAAAGUACUUUUAUGGGGGCUCCUACUUUUUGACGGGACAUAUCUCAAAAAAUCAGAAAAAAUGUGCUGAUCAAGGAUAUAUAAAUCUUAGCUGCCCAUUUUAGGUUUUUAGGGGUGAAAACUCAAUCGGAAGUUGACUUAAAGUCCUAUAUGAACCCCUUUUCGUAAAAUUUUUAACGGGUUUACAAUUUUUAUUUUGGCUUAAAACGAUGUUUAUUGAGUUUCUAAGACGUAAUAAAUCAGUCUUGGCCCAAAAAUUUAUUUUUCCGACCUUCAACUUCAAAAAAAGUUGACUCAGCCCAAAAGGGAAAUCGAACCCGUGCAGCGUCCCCCUCUUGAUUCCCAGACCACGGCACUAGCCACUCGGCCACACCGCUCUCUUCCGAAGGAAGAGACCGACUGCGCUUUUUAUCGUUUCGAAUGCAUGCGCCUUUUGUAGGGAAAUUGAGCCAGUUUUUGGGCAUUUCCACCCCUAACAGCCCAAAAUGGGCAGCUAAGAUUUAUAUAUCCUUGAUCAGCACAUUUUUUUUGAUUUUUUGAGAUAUGUCCCGUCAAAAAGUAGGAGCCCCCAUAAAAGUACGUUCCUUGUUAGGUGUAUUUUUCAUUUCUUUUUUUUCUUGGAAGUUUUUGGGGAAAUUGCCCAUGAUUUUGAUAAAUUUUAGUCUAAAAAGGCUAGAUGCACCUAUUUGAUUAAUUUUUGGAUAUGUUUGGAAUUCUCUUUAAGUAUUUUUACCACCUUUUUUAGGGCUGAUCGACGAAAUCAACGCCGAUUUCGAAGAGUUCCAAAGAAACUCCCUCCCUCGAACAAGAAAGGCCUCUAAGGAUGUAGACUGCAAUGAUGGCACCCCCUACCGAUCGAUGACCGAAUAUCGUAAAGAGUUGUCAGAGAAAAUUCAUCAACGGCACUUUGAAUCGGGCACUGAAGAAUCGCCGAAGCCGGUUUCAAACGAAGCCAGUGAGGAAGAGAAGAAAGAGUAUGUAAAUUUGGUACUGAAAAAGCUGACUCAUGAUAUGAAAGUGGCCAAAGCGCAAUAUAAUCAGGCGAAAAGAGCUCUUCAGUUGAUCAGUUCCAAAAGUCAGAAGGAUGAGGAAGAAACUGUAAGUUUUUUGACUUGGAUUUGUGAGUAUUAGACCUUUUGACAGCUGGAUGUUUAAUUUUGAGCUAUUUGAUAGCUUAAUUUUGAGGUUUAUCCCAAGUUUUUAUAUUAUCCAUGACAAAAAGGUACCUAAAUUAGUGAAUUUUGAUUUUUUCCAGGUAACUGCCCAUCAUGUGAUGCUUCAAUGUCGCGCAGGUGUAGAAGCCGCUAUGAGAAUGCAUGAAAUCAUCGAGUACAACCCUUCGGCCGCUCUGCUUCCGGAGAUGAAAGCUUCUUUCUCUUUCAACCGCGUUACCUUUGACAUUCACCCCGAAUUUCAACGCGAUAUCCUGGUCAAACCCAUCUCUUGUUACUUUGCAAUCAUCAUCACACAUCGAGAGACGGUAAAAUGGUCAAGUUGCAUCUCAGCGCGCAAGCAUAAUAAAGGAAAGAUCUCGGUGGAAAUGUACACAAAUAUUGAUGGAGUGGGCCCUGGAUUCGAGAUUUUUGUCGAGGUUUAUAUGUUGACGGUGAGUUUAUCUAGUAUGUUGGAUAGUUAGAGGGGUUGGAUUGGAAUUUUGGGAGUGAAAAAAUGAGCUUUUGACAUUUUUUUACAGGAGUUGUCUAGUGUAAUAUAAUUUUUGUCAUUUUUUGGAUUUUUUGUUGAUUUGAUGGGGAUUUAGGGCUGUAAAGUGAAACAUUCAGUCUCUGGAAAAGUAUUUGAUAAUAAAAUUGGCAAUAGAAAUUUAUUUUUAGAUUGGGUUUGCCUAGUGCAAUAUAAUUUAGAUCUGAAUUUUUAGAUUUUUUCUGUUAGAUAGUGAAGAUAUGUGAACGUGAUGGAUCGUGAAGGUUAAUGGCUGACAAUAGCUACAUUUUUUGACUGUUACGUAUUAUAUUGACCACUUUCAGCUGGCCAAACCGGACGAAGAAAAGAAAAGUUUGGUGGCCGAGUUCAUGGGAACCCUCCUCAGAGGGCAUGCCCACCGAAAUGACCUCAAAGAAAUGGACUGCGCUUUCACCAGGAUUGGGACCACCAAAAUUGACUCGACCAACAUGAGAUCCCGCCACUUGAAAACCGAAACGGUCCCUCCAUUGGGCCCUCGGAUCGAUUUAUCCUAUGACUUCAAGUUAAUGGAAGCCUCCCACCGAUGCGAAGGCUUCACAAGACGCUACGAAAUCAUCGCUGGAGUCGGGAAUUGGGCCAACGAAUACGCCGCCUUUGGCAAUUGGCAUAUCGACUUUUGGCCGACGGAAAGGGACCAUGACGAAAAGAAGGCGCCGGUCAGCAGAAUUAAUCUGAAAGGAGCUUUCAGUGUCGAGGAAAUUGACAGCUUGGCGUGCUAUAACAAUGCUUUUGUCAUUAAGUACAAGAACAUGGAGGAUGGAAACGUGGAAAGGUAGGAAAUUUGAGUUGGGCGAGGGUUUUUGGGGAUCAAGGUCAAGUGUAAUAUAAAAAAAAAUUGAAAAAGUAGAAAAGUGAUUGGGAUUUGGAUUGAAAAGGAUAGAUAAGGGGUAGAAUGGUAUUUUAGAGGGAUUUCAAAAGUGACGUGUGUUUUUAUGGAAGAAAUUUUUUCUUUUUUUGGAAUUUUGAUGAUUUUUUAAAUGUAGUUUUUGAUGGAUUUUUUGGAAUCUAAGAUUCUUUUCAAAGUUUUUUUACAUCGUUAGAAAAAGUUUUGCGCUUUUUUAAGUUAAAAAUUUUUAUAAUUUUUUUUCGAAAAAAUUUUGAUUUCCGAAUUUUUACAAUGAUUUUUUUGUUUCCAGCUUGACUCUGGCGACGGUAACAGAAGAGGAACAACAUGUAUGGCUCAAAACUCUGAAUUCGUACAUAAAAGGACUCAAUUUUUGGGCCCACCACACUUGA